AUGUCGGCUCUUAGUUCCUAUAUCAAAAAUAGAAUAGUUAGUUUGAUUCGCUCUCCCUCUCCCGAAGAAUUAUUCGGAAAUAAUGAAAAAAGUCAGUUAUCAAUUAAAAUCAUCAAAUAUGCUGAUGAACUAUUGUCUGAAUAUGGUGAUGAAAUUUGGCCCGAAUUUUUUAAAAAUCUAAUUGAACCUGCCCGACACGCCGACGACCCAUAUUGGAUUGGAUAUGGGGAUAUAUCCAUGUCUCCUUACGAUACCGUAUAG